CAGCUUGGAGAAGAGUUCAGAUCCAUGGAGCAUUUCCACAUUCAUGACUCACGAAUUCGUAAUAAGACAAUUGCAAACAAAUCACAGGACGGAGAACUCAUGGUAAGUGACUCCUAAAACUCAGAGACCAGCUGGCAGAGUGGUUAACACACUGGCUUGUUAGGUUCAAGACUCACUUGCCAUUGGUUCAAGCCCUACCCGUUCCAUGGUUCUGUUUCCUUAUUCAUGCUAUAAUGGCCACCUUCAGUCACACAAUAUAUUACAAAUUUUAACCUGGAUAUCUGUGCCUCUGCUUCGUGAGUGUCACGCUCUGUGUUCAUCUGCGUGACUGCAGGAGGAGGCGGUGGCUACAUCGGAAGUGCUUUUGGACACCUUCAAUGGAGACGCUGGUCGGGCCAAGUGGCGAAGCUGCUGCCAAGCCGCUGUAGAAUGCUGCGACUAUAUGUUAACAGCUUCCUGGCCUCCCGGUAGCUGCCCCAACACCUGGGAUGGGUGGCAGUGCUGGCCAGCUACUCUCUCAGAUACUGAGAUCAAAAGACCUUGUCCCUCCUACAUUUACCAUGGCAAGGGCCCCUCUUGUGCUAAGGAGGCAAGUAAGAGGUGCCAGAAUGCCGGUCACUGGUACCGGCGAGAAGGUAAACAAGAGUGGAGCAACUACUCUUCUUGUAGCGUUGAGGAGAACAUCCACCGGCGGCUGUAUGUGCACAUCGCAGCGUACAGUAUUUCUGUGGCCGCCUUAUUUCCAGCCCUCUGUAUCUUCAUCUCAUACAAACAGCUGCGUGUUCAUCGCAUUACUCUACACAAACACCUCUUCCUGAGUCUUCUGCUGGAGGCGCUGGGAGUCAUUAUCUUCAGGUUAUUGCAACUAUAUAAGAACGACGUAAUCCAACAGAUGAUGUAUAAUCUUGGUGGACGAGUUGGGUCAAUGUGUGAAGCUGCUCGAGCUGGGUCAAUGUGUGAAGCUGCUCGAGCUGGGUCAAUGUGUGAAGCUGCUCGAGCUGGGUCAAUGUGUGAAGCUGCCCGAGCUGGGUCAAUGUGUGAAGCUGCUCGAGUGGUCAAUGUGUGA